GUUCAGGAAGAAUUCCCCAAAAAAGUUCUUGACGUAAGGAGAGACUUAAAAAUCAAACAAAAAAUGGAAAUUGAAAAGGGAAACAUAGCCUACAUAAAAUAUGACAAACUUAUUAUUAAAGAUAAAAAAGAACUCACCCAUAACAAGAGAGUGUUGUCAGAAUCUCCAGAACACAUAUCCCCUAACGAAAAUAACUACACACAAAAGAAAAAAUCGCACAAAAAAUAUAGAGCAAACUCCAACUCUAUAACUUCAUACAUGGUGCGACCCGAAAUGGCAUGAAAUUUAGAUGGCCCCCUCCAGAAUACCAAAACAAUACCAAAAACUCAAGAAUACUAUAACAAAACUACGCUCCCAAGCCGAUUGGUCAUCGUGGGAGACGCAGACCAAAACCCUCCAGAACAACAAAAUAUCAAUAUCAAUAUUGACACCGAACAAAGCUCAAAAAUGAAACAUAACAAUCUCUACCUUGCUACUUACAACGUACGCAGUCUAUCCUCACACGAACGCCUACUAGAGCUCGAUACAGCAUUAAAAAGAAUUAAAUUUGACGUAAUUGGUCUAUCCGAAACUAAGCGCCUCGGGAACUCAAUUGAGGAAUACAGGAAUUUCAUACUGUUCUACAUAGGACAAACACCCGGGCUUCAUGGUGUCGGCUUUAUAGUAAAAAAAUACCUUAAAGAAAACAUAUUGAAUUUUAACGGAUUGUCUGAACGAGUAGCUAUCCUGAAUCUCUCAUUUGACAAAUUAAAACUAUCCAUUAUUCAAGUUUAUGCACCAACGGAGGCAGCGCCUGAUGAAGACAUCAAAGAAUUUUACAAAACUUUAAAUACGGCACUCUCGAUGUCCAACCGAAAUGUUAUAGUCAUGGGCGACUUUAACGCAAAAAUAGGCCAAGCAAAGUCGGGAGAAAAUUCGAUAAUUAAAUACGGAUACGGUACCAGGAACGGCAGAGGAGAAAUGUUGAUAGAGUUCGCAUUUGAAAACAACUUGCCCAUCUUGAACACUUUCUUCAAGAAAAAAGACAAGCGCAAAUGGACCUGGAGAUCACCGGAUGGCUCUACAAAAAACGAAAUAGAUUUUAUACUAUCAAAUCUCAAAGGCAAUGUCACUAACAUCGAGGUGAUCGACUUACCGUUCUCGUCAGAUCACAGACAGGUUAGAGCAACCCUGCAGCUGCAAACAGCACAUAAAAAAUCAAGAAAAAAUUAUGGCAACCAACCAAAAAGUUCAUUACUACAGGAUGACGAGAUAAAAACUUACCUAGAACUUCUUAAUACAUCCAUCAAUAAUUUAAUGAUAAUUAACGAAAAUACAUUUCAAACAUUUUACGACAAACUAAUCCACGCUAUUACCACGAGUCAACAACUGGCAUAUAAUCCAGCGAACCAAUCAAAAAACAAAAUUAUAAAUGACCUUUUAAUACAGCCGUUUACCUGGGAAAAUACGUCAAGUCACCGACUCGGCAACCUGCAUUGAAGCUGCGUGGUGGCUCCAAAUCUUCAUUGAAAUAUACUGAUGAUGAUGGAUAUACGAGUAUUUGUCACGUAAUUGGUAAGUUUGCAUUAGCAAAAUACACCAUGUAUAUGUCACCGUCAUAUUGUAAACGUUAGUAUAAAAUCUCACUCGUGAUAUUAUAAUCUGCCGUUAAAUUGUGAAAAUACUGAUUACAAUUUAACGUGUUAUUUUUCGGUAUAUAAUAAUCUCUCGGAUGUGAAACCGUUAAAUUGUCAAUCAGGAUAAAUUUACCAUAGAGUUACAAAAAUAUUACAGCGGUCAUAAUAAAAAUAGUAAAAAAUUACAAUGGACAAAUCAAAGAAAAGUUAAUUAUAAGUAUAAUUUAGUCAAAUCUAAAGUUAGGUUAGGUUAGGUUAGAACAUGACAAUCGGAGUACUUAAGUCAGUCUUUAGGUAUAUUAAAUAAUAAAUAAAUAUGUGAUGUCACAAUUCUUGAGGUAUUUUAUUGGACUGAUAUAUGUGUUUUAUUCCUACACUAUGGACACAGAACGGUUUGCUGUAAGGCCAACCAAUCAGGGGCAAGUUUGGACAGUUGACGUUUUAAGACUGCAAUUUAACGGUUUCACUUCCGAUAGAUAUACCGAAAAUUAACACGUUAAAUUGUAAUUAGUAUUUUCAGUUCACAAUAUGACGGCAGAUUAUAAUAUCACGAGUGAGAUUAUACAUUAACGUAUUUUACAAUUUAACGGUAACAUACACACUUUAUAUACCUACAUACAUUUUUGUAUCAAAGGUAGUAUUAGAAAUAUAUAUUGGUGCUUUCACCAACGUAAUAUUGGUACUUAUCAUUAUUUCUCAAGUUCCAAGUUUUCACUCUAAUCGCCUCACUCAAUGCCUACUAUCAUAAAGACCUUCAAGUUGGAGUGAAAGAAAGUAUAACUUUCCACUAUGCUGCAAUGCGGAACCGACUGAAUAGCUGAUAUGAAAUUCUCGAAGCUUGUGUUGUAGACAUAAGUACUAAGUACUUAAAAGAACUUACAAGGAAAAUCACUCGCAAUCUGGGCACAACUUCAUACUUUUUGGUAUAUUUUAAACUGUAAGUGUAUGGAAAUUCAAUUAUAGAUAGUAACAUUAUUGAAAUGUUGUAUGUAGAUGGUUAAAUCCACGGAUAUAAAAGCUUUAGUGCUUUUAUGGUAUGUGGAUAAAUCUUAGACAACUUUGACCUUCUAACUAUAAUGUAAAUUACCUAUUUACAAGUAUAACCAAAUUGUGUAUGUAUGACCCGGGAGGUUCUGGGUUCAAUUUCAAGUUAGAGUCGUUUUGAUCCCA